CAUAAGACCAACCGUCAUAAGGCUACAGACACUGCCAGCCAUGUCCUGCCUCUAAAACAAGAACAUUUCACUGUUUUUUAGCCUUUUAACGCACACACCAAGAGCAGAUUUGCUGCUCUCUUUUUUCAAUUUUUACAAUAUUUUUCUAGAGAUAUACAGAUCUUUUUUUCUAAACCAGAAGAAGAUAAAAAAAAAUGUCUUCCCGGGCGCAGGAGAGGAGCUCUGGCGUUCAGCUGGGGAGCGCGCUGCUGCCGCUGCUGAUGCUGUCGCUGCUGCUCUCCGGUUGCUCAUGCAUGGAUGUGCUUGUGACCAAUUACAUUAAUGCACUAAAUGGAACAACUGUCAAAAUCUCCUGCACAUUCACUUCCUGCUACAAGAUGGACGCCACCAAGUUUGUCAUGAAUUGGACCUAUCAAGAAUCAUUCAACGAUACAGAGGAGAUGUUUAUGGCAUACUAUAGGAAAAAAGGAAUGGUGGCUCUGCGUUCAGAUCGGUUUGGAGAGAGGGUCAUGUUUGCUGGAAACCUGGAUAAGAACGACCUUUCAAUCACUCUGUCAGAUGUUCAGUUGGAGGAUGAGGGGAUUUACAACUGCUACGUGAGAAACCCUCCGGACCGCAUCCAGGGACACGGAAUCAUACAGCUCAAUGUUGUCACAGAACUUCCCCCUCCAAGGGACUCUACCAUUGCAGUUGCGAUUGGAGCAUCAGUGGGCGGAGCAUUAGCUCUGCUGAUCCUGUCAAUGGUAGUGGUGAAAUGUCUCCGUCGACAUCGGAAACAGGAACUGAUUUCAGAGGAAAAAAUGGAGGAGGAGGGGAAACUGGAGGCAGAAGGUGUAGCGGAGGAGGGGACCAAACAACCAUAGCGGAUCAUAUGACUGAAUCUGUGACGCUCCUACCCCCAACACCUCAUCUUACAUGUGCACCCCUUCCUGAAGAUCUAUAGUGACCACUGCUUGAAUUGUCCACUGAUACUUCCAUCCCCUCUGCGUGUGUGCGUGUGUGUGUGUGUGCGUGCGUGUGUGUGUGUCUGUAUUAUAAAUGUGCUGAAUGUGUCUAUGUGUGUGUGCAAAUUUCUAAAUGUAAGAUGUGUCUUUUUCCUUGAAGUAAUCCAGGGACUUAACGACUAAACACUCAUUACUUCAUUCAUAGCUUCCAAUGGCAAUAGCAUUAGACGUCUUUCUUAUAAUACAGACUGCCGUUUCAUAGCGCACUAUACGACAGGCUAGGGCUGGGCGGUAUGACCUAAAAAUUUAUACCACGGUAUAUUUUGAAUACUAGACUUUUAACAAAAACACAACAUUAAUAGUGUGUCAUCUUUGCUCUUACACUUUGAAUAAAUGUGACUUUCAAUUUUGUCCAAAGCCUUGGAAGAAAACAUACAAAUCGCCUGCAGCUAACUAAUAAUAGAUUUGUGUACUUGAUGGAAGCUAAAACUAUCUUAACUGUCACACUGUAAGGCAGAUGUGUGAGUAUCAGUUAUAUAGCAGGACACUGUGCUGUUAGUUCCACUGUCUCAUAUGUCCAAUGUUAUUUUUGUAUUUUUUGGUUAACAUCUUCAGGUUUACCAUAUUGUUAGCAUUUUGCAACAUUGCCUUAAAGCCAUGUCUUUAAACUGCCCGUACCGGCACCAUGUCUUAACAUAGAUGCAGGUAGUACAAGUGUAAUGUCCUUCCACAGCUGGAUUUUCUUAUAAGGACAACAACUAGUCAGUGACUCAACCAAACGAUGUUUACAUGUGCCGAUGAUGUCUACUUGUGUCUGAGCCGAAGAGCAUACUUAAACAUUCCUUACAACUGUGGAGUUUUGACAAAAACUGAGUGCUCUACAGAUAUUGUAAUUGUAUUCACUUCAUUUGACCUUUUCCACAGAAGACAUUUUGGUCUGUCGCAGUGGGGAAAAAGCAUGUGCUGCCGAUCUCAUUAAAUGACGGCGCCAUUCUGUUGAAGUGUCCCAAUAGCUCUGUCAAAAAUCACUCCCUAUUUCCUAUAUAGUGCGCUAUAUUUACAUUUUGCUUGAGUGUCUUUAUUUUUUAUGUGUAAAGUUUGUGCACUUGAUAACCAAUCAAUCAAUCAGGUGGUUCUUUUACAUGUAAUUUCAAGUCAAUUCCAGAGAGAAGGGGCAUAGUACAUAAAUGAAGUCUGAAAUAAUCCAAGUUCAAGGUCUUGUAUAGUAAAAGAAGAACCUUCAUAUCAGCUCCAGGCUGGAAAGGGUGUUCAGUUAUCAUUUUUGUGGUAUUUGUCAAGACUCUAGCUGAGGCAUUCUGAACAAGCUGAAGACUUGUAGUAGCACAACUAGGAAGGGCAGAGGAAAGGGCACUAUAGUAAUCAAGUCUGAAAGAUACAAAUGCCUGAAUUGCUGUGCACUCACAAUUCUUCCAACUGAAAAAAAAACAGCACUAGCAUUGGAAGAUACUAGUACGAAGCUUGGAUGUGAAAAUUACUCUAAUAUGUUACUUGUACCUAGACAGACAGACAGACAGAGAGAGCCAUGAUUAAUGUUAUUUACAGUUGUGCUUUAUCUACCAUGACAUAUCAAAAUAUCUUCUGUGAAAAAGGCAACCAAAGCACCACAUUUGUAUGAUUUUGACCUGUAUCUGCCCUCUUGUCUGUCUCAUUUCUCCAUCCAUUUUUUGUAAGCUGCUUUUGUUUUUGUUUUUUGGUUUAAAAGGAAAGAGGUACACUUAAGUUUUUCUUGGCCCGUCAGUGGCAUAAAUUGAGGACUGCACUGAUUAACACAGUAUUAGUUGCUUUUCAGAGCACUCUACGUGAGUUACAUUGUAUACUGUUACCAACAGCAUAGCCAAAUUUUUAUAUUCCUACUGCAUGUCAUACCGUCCACCCCUGUGAUAGACACUUGUCCAUCAAGCCUGGCACUGUAUAAAGGAAUGACAUGCUGGAGUGCCUGAACAGAGUUCAGUUGCAGUUAUUCAUGGGACUAACGUGAGUUUUAGUAUUGGAGCAUACAAUACUUGAUAUCUGUGACUGCAUAUCAUUGUACAGUCAUUUACACAUAACAUAUGUUCAUAGGAAUAUUAGUGACAGUAUGGAGCUUUUCCCUUAGAAUAUGUCCAUAUAAUACAAAAAACACAUAUUUUGUUUAAGUCGAAAACAUAUCAAAGACAAUUUAAAACGAAAAACUAACAUUGCACCCACAAUCAUAUGACUAUGUUCAUGCUAACCUUUGUUAAUAUUUAUGGUAGAAUUUAAUAAAGGUUGUCAAAACAGAGACCUACACACAGACAACAGUUCGAAACUAAUUAAUGCCAUUAACCAUAUCACACGCUGAUUAAGUGCUGAGUCCCAGCAGACAGCGAUUUAGGAAUUAAUACCAAAUGAUCCACAUUCAAAUAUAAGAUGUUUACAAUCACCACUGACUGCAAACUCUGGUUUAUCAAUAAAGUGUAAUUAUCCACCAAAAUAGGUAGAAUUUGCUAUUUUGGCAACUAAAGCAUGUACAGUGUACUAUACUGCCAUGGAUGCAUGUCAACCAUUACAUAGCAUAAAGAAAUAUAACAAAAGAAAUCUUAAUUUUGUUCUCUUAAGUUUCUCAGAAAAUCACUGCAAUGCUUUUCAGGCAUGUCUUUCACUUUCUGUAGCAAUCAGAUGGCGUCAUUUAUCAAAUGUUGUCAAACAUAAAUUUCAUUUUGAUCUCAAUUUUCAUCCAUGCAUAUAAAUAUUAACUUGUACAUUUAAUUUAUAGUUUUAGAGGUAUUUUGUUGCACUUUGGUAUAUUUUACUUGCCUCCUGUAAAAUAUCAAAUGAACAACUAAAUCUUAAAUAUAUCACGUCCUGGACAAAGGCUCUGCACGGACUCUUAAAAUAUUUAUCUUUUUAUUAUAACUCCCCACUGGAGUUCAACUGGUACCCUAUUUUAUAAGAGAUAGAAAAACAACUAUAAAAUUGGUCAUUGCGCCUCAAUGCCUACACUUUUUAGUGUGUCUAUGAAAGCAGAUUAAUAUACAAAAUAGCUUUGAAGUUUUAAAAGAAAUUAUUCUAGCUCUGUCUCCAAAGUGAUGCCUUUACCUCAACCUUGUGUAAAACUGUAGAUGUUGUUUUGCACAUUAGCACACCGACACCUAUUCUAACAUAAUCAUAGCAGAAAGCAUGUGAAUAUAAUGGAAAUGAGGAAAACAUAUAAAGUAAACAGACUAUAAAGAUUUUAAAAUGGUCUUUUUGGAAUGUGUGGUUGUUGAUUAAUUUGGUUGGACCACCAUGAAUGUUAAAAAAAAAAAAGUCUACAUAGUAAAAUACUUGAUCACUUUAAUGUACAUCCAGCAUGUGAACUUUGUUAAUUUCUGAAUGUCCUAUGUUUUAACUGUGUUGAUAAAACAGGCCAGCUGUGUCACAGUGUGAUGUCUCUAUGAUACCUGGAAUACUGGAGGGUGAUUAGUCCCUUCCAGUUGACCAUUCCUGGUAUCUGACUUCAAAUAAACUGUGUACAGGUCUGUGUUUAGGCCUAUUAGGGUCUUAGGCCUCAAAUAGGGUGUUUUUUUAAAUGGCCAGAAUUUGUUAUUCAAUAUUACGGAUGAUGUACUGUGUAAUUUCAUGAAACAUCUUUAGCAUCACAGUGACAAACUGGUAAUUUGUUGAUAUAUUAAAAUAGAUGACAAAAUGCUUUUAAUUGCAGAGUUGUUUGGCUGUCACAUUUCCUGGGACACUGCUGUCUGUGUGUAAUCAUGCAUGUUUCAGUUGCAGGGUUUGUAGACCCAUAAUGUGAUGGCAGGUUAACAUUUGGGGCAAAUUUAGUGCAGUUAUUACCAGGAAGGUUUCGUUGGCAAUAUGGUGUCAUUUAUAUUACUGCAUUUUGUGUAUACUGUAUUUCUUAAUCAGUGACAAUGAAACAAUCAAAAAUAUUGAUAUCAUGUGCUAAAUGGAUUUAUCAUUGUGCUUUACGGUUUCCCACCUCCAGCUAUGAAUUUGCCCUGAAUAGUUGUACCUUGUAUCACUUUAAAUGUUAGUGGACACCAAACUUAUGCUUGCACAGUGCUGCCUGUGAACACGCAGCCUUCAUUACAUGCUGUAUUUUAAAUAAAGAUUCAGGAAAACA